CGGGCGCGUGCGCGUUGCGCAGGGCGGCCCCGGACCGGCUCGCCGCAGCGUCUGGGCGCGCGGUCGGAGAUGCGCCUCCCCGGCUGCUGAGCGGCGCGCGGUCCCCCCGGCGGCCAAGAUGACGGUGGAAUUCGAGGAGUGCAUCAAGGAUUCGCCCCGAUUCCGGGCGACCAUAGAUGAGGUUGAAACAGAUGUUGUGGAAAUAGAAGUCAAACUUGACAAGCUGGUAAAGCUAUGCAGCAAUAUGGUAGAGGCCGGGAAAGCGUACAUCAUCACCAACAAGCAGUUUGUUGGGGGAGUCCGAGACCUCUCCCAGCAGUGCAAGAAGGAUGAAAUGAUCUCGGAAUGUUUGGACAAAUUUGGAGACAGCUUGCAGGAAAUGGUCAACUACCAUAUGAUCCUUUUCGACCAAGCUCAGAGGUCUGUCCGGCAACAGUUGAACAACUUUGUGAAGGAGGAUGUCCGGAAAUUCAAGGAGACCAAAAAACAGUUUGAUAAAGUCCGAGAAGACAUGGAGAUCGCCUUGGUCAAGAACGCCCAAGCCCCGCGGCACAAGCCGCACGAAGUAGAAGAGGCCACGGGCACACUGACGAUCACCAGGAAAUGUUUCCGGCACUUAGCCCUGGAUUACGUCUUGCAGAUCAACGUUCUCCAGGCCAAGAAGAAAUUUGAAAUUCUGGAUGCCAUGCUCUCCUUUAUGCAUGCCCAAUACACAUUUUUCCAGCAAGGUGACAGCCUUCUCCAUGAAUUGGAUCCUUAUAUGAAGAAACUGGCUACUGAGCUGGACCAGUUGGUGAUCGACUCGGCUGUGGAGAAGAGGGAAAUGGAGCAUAAACACGCCCUUAUUCAGCAACGGACUCUUUUACAGGACUUCUCUUACGAUGAAUCCAAAGUGGAAUUCAAUGUUGACGCUCCCAACGGAGUGGUGAUGGAAGGGUACCUCUUCAAGAGAGCGAGCAAUGCAUUCAAGACCUGGAACCGGAGGUGGUUCUCCAUACAGAACAGCCAGCUGGUGUACCAGAAGAAGCUAAAGGAUGUACUCACAGUGGUGGUGGAAGACCUCCGACUUUGCACGGUCAAGCCUUGCGAGGACAUAGAACGGAGGUUUUGUUUCGAAGUUGUCUCUCCCACCAAGAGCUGUAUGUUACAAGCCGAUUCAGAGAAACUGCGCCAGGCAUGGAUCCAGGCUGUCCAAGCGAGCAUAGCCUCCGCUUAUCGGGAAAGCCCUGAUAGCUGCUACAUUGAAAAAUUGGACCGGACCGCCUCCCCUUCGACUAGCAGUAUAGAUUCUGCCACCGAUUCCCGGGACCGAAGCGGGAAAGGGGAAACCAUCCUGCAGAGGGUGCAGAGCAUCUCGGGCAAUGACCAGUGUUGUGACUGUGGGCAGGCUGAUCCCCGGUGGGCGAGCAUCAACUUGGGCAUCUUACUAUGCAUUGAAUGUUCAGGGAUACACAGGAGCUUGGGAGUUCACUGCUCCAAAGUGCGGUCACUCACGCUGGAUUCUUGGGAGCCGGAAUUAUUGAAGCUGAUGUGUGAGCUGGGCAAUGCCACCAUGAAUCAGAUCUAUGAGGCGCAGUGUCAGGAAAUGGGGCUUAAAAAGCCAACUGCUGGCAGCUCAAGGCAGGACAAAGAAGCAUGGAUCAAAGUCAAAUACGUGGAGAAGAAGUUUCUGAAGAAGCUGCCUUCCGGGGAACCGCUGGCCGAGAGCGAACAGAAGCCCCGCCGCUGGAGCGUGAAGAAGUGCCAGAGGCAAAACAGUUCUACGAAAGCGCCCACCAGCCGCAGGAAGUAUCGGCACGAAGCAGGAAAUGCGUCCCCAGCCGCCCACUCUUCAGCUGCCACCUUGGAAAGGAAGUUCCGGCGAGAUUCCCUCUUCUGUCCUGAUGAACUGGAUUCCCUCUUCUCGUACUUCGAUACAGGAGCAGGACCACGCGGUGGGAACCAGGUGUCAGUCCAACAGCCUGUGGGAGCCAGCCCAUGGAACGAGACCAGCAAUGGCCCUGGGGGGAGCGGUUCACCAUUUCUCCUGGAUGGAGGUCUAAGCAGUGACAGCGGACUGGGCGGCAGCACUGACGGGAGCUCGGAUGUCUUGGUGUUUGGCUCGGUGGUUGAUAGUGUCACAGAAGAAGAGUGUGAAGUAUCGGAAGAAUCCAGCGGGGAAGUCGAAAUUGAGCAAGAGGCCUCUGAUCUGGAAGACCUGAGGGAGCUACAUCCUGGUUUGCUAGUUUAUAAGGCUUCCCGGGCCAGGAACCUGCCAGUGAUGGCGGAGGCCCUGGCCCACGGUGCCAACGUCAACUGGGUGAACGACGAGGAUGAGAACAAAACCCCACUGAUCCAAGCUGUCAUGGGGGGCUCCCUAAUAGCCUGUGAAUUUUUGCUCCAGAACGGAGCAGACGUUAACCAAAGAGAUAUCCGAGGGCGGGCACCUUUGCAUCAUGCCACGUAUUUGGGCCACACUGGCCAGGUCUGCUUAUUCCUAAAGAGAGGAGCCAACCAGCACGCAGUUGACGAGGACGGGCAGGACCCCCUCAGCAUCGCAGUCCAGGCCGCUAAUGCGGACAUCGUGACCUUGUUGCGUCUGGCUCGGAUGAACGAAGAGAUGCGUGAAGCCGAGGGCCCCUUUGGGCAUCCAGGAGAUGCCACGUACCUUGACAUUUUCCGAGACUUUUCUCACAUGGCCUCCAACAACCCAGAAAAACUCAACAGACGUAGCCUUCACUUCCACCCUUCUUACCGAUAGCUUUCACCUCCAGUGUCUACUUCCCUUCCAAUGGUAAUGGGCUCGUUUCAACCUCAAAACAGUAACCAAGAUGAGGGGGCCUCUAUGGGACAGAGAAGAAGAAAGUUGGUAAAGAACUGGGUCCUUCCGAGAUGCGGAGGCUCUACCCAUCUUCCCAAACUGGUACCAAUUUCUACACACCCCUCCAAAGGAGUUUUCCACAUCCCCAGGCUUUCUGAAUAACAUGAUACUGACUUGCAAAUACACCUGCCAAAAUUAUUAGCUGCAGGAAAGGAUCAACAAAAAAAAGAGAGGCUGAGUUUUUUCUACAGUUUUCCUCCUUGCUAGCCAGGGAAUCUCUUCACUAGCCGCUGGUGGCUGGUAGCCAGUUGCAAGCAUAUGGCAAAAACUCUAUGAUGGCUGCAGGCCACGGUCCGAUUGGAAAGGGUUAUUCCCACCUAUUGCUAGUCUUGGCUCAUCAAGGGUUCUAAACCAUGGUUUAGCUGCAGCUUAUUAAAUAUAAUACAGUUUGCUGGGACACACUCCCCGGCCAGCUGCAUUAUGGUUUAGCAUGAAGCACGAUCUAGACAAUUGCUUGCCCUUGUGGUAUUUUCCCCCGUUUCCGUUGGGAGUUUUAUUUUACAGGUAAACCUAGGAACUGGCCAGGUGAUGAAUGGAGAGGUUGUGGCAGGAAGAAAUGUGUUGGUGGACAUGGAACUCAAAAGCUGGGUCUUCCUGCUUCACAGCUCACAUUCCUUGCUGACGUGUUGCAGUGACUCUCGGUAGAUGAGAGUCCCAGCGAUGCUGCCUGCCGAUUAAAUAACUGCAGGUGUCUUUCUUUUUAAGAACUGGAAAUUGAAAUAGAAGGCAGCAUCUUCCAGAAACUAACUUGCUUGCUGAUGGCCUUGGCAAAAUGGAAUCUCUUUUGAUGAAAUUUGAAUUUCAGUCACGGGGAUUUGAAUUUUCAGCUGUACUCCACAACACUUGACACGGCAUCACUCUGGGAUAUUGUGGGAAAUUGAGGCGGCUGGCCGGCUCCGUUUGCCAUAAUCCAGUAAAUGUACCGCAGCCAACCUGUUCCUUGCUAAUAUAUUUUAUAGUAUUUCUGAUGUUCUCUUCUUCCUCCCCCUCUUUUUUUAGACAGCAAGAACUGAUGGCAACUAUUUUUUUUAAAGAAAACUCAUAUUGUUUCAUGGUUUUGUUAUUUUGUGUGUGUGUGUCUGUGUUUUUAAAACAAAGUUAUAGGGGAAGAAUUUGUACUGGUACAACAGGCCCCUUCUUGAAAGUGCUUAAUUUUUGAGUGUGUAUAGAAGUCUUUGUUUAUAUGCUGAAAAUGUAAUAUAUCUCCAAGCAAAAUGUAGGUAUUUUUAAAAUCUUGUGGUGGGAGAGUGGGAGGAAUGAACAGCAAUGCCUUAUUUACAAGAGCAUAAAUAAACUUGGGAGAGAUAUUUCUUCCAGUAAACCAAC